AUGUCGCUGGUGACAACACCAGCGUUGGGCGCAACCCCCUCUAACAGCUCUACGUCAAAUAACCCCUUCAAUCCCGCUUUUGCCAGAUUUGCCAACGAUGUCCUGAAACAGUGGAAUGUGCCUGGUAUUUCGCUUGCUGUGGUUGAGGGGGGGCAAAUAUAUUCUCAGGGCUACGGCUUCGCAACUCUCCCCGACACUGCAGUUACUCCAGACACACUUUUUUACGCUGGGUCAACGACAAAGGCAUUUACGGCUGCGACGUUGGCUCAUCUAAUUGAUUCGAACAAUUAUACAGCUCUGUCUAAGAGGUGGUCGACUCCCAUCUCCUCCAUCAUUCACGAUGACUUUGUUCUGCAAGAUGCGUGGUCAACAGCGCACAUCACUCUGGAAGAUGCCGCUGUUCACCGCACUGGCAUGCCAAGGCAUGACUACUCGUGGGCCAAGCAGGUGCAAGGCCGCUCGGCGACACCACGGGAUGUUGUCAGAAAUUUCAGGAACCUGCCGCAAAACGCGGAGCCUCGGACGCGUUUUCAGUACUGUAACCUGAUGUACGUCACACUAUCGUACGUCAUUGAGUUUUUGACGGAGAAACCGCUCCAAGAUGCCAUGCGAGACGUGAUAUGGGGUCCGUUGCAAAUGGAUGCCACCUUUUCCAGCCUCGAGGAAGCAAAGAAGGCAUCCCAGCACUUGGCUUCGGGCUAUAGAUGGGAUGAAGACGGCCAUAAAUUUAUCGAAGCUGCUUUUGAAGAGACGCGUCCUUUUAGCGGUGCUGGAUUCGUCAUCUCAAAUGCGCGCGACUACGCCAAAUGGGUGAAAUGUCUGCUACAAGAGGAGGCGCCAUUCUCCAAGGCUACGCACGAGGAUAUCCGGACCCCCAGAAUUAUCGAUUCUGAAGACCCAAAUACUGUGGGGGAUAUUUCUCUCUAUGGACUUGCCUGGGACCGCACUGUCGCUCAUGGCCAGGUGGUAAUUAACCAUUCUGGCACGGAAACGGCGUAUGGCAGCCAAGUCUUUUGGCUCCCAGACAUCAAAUUCGGAGUCGUCGCCUUUGCCAACGCCGCCGAUACCGCCAACUCGGCCGCCCAGGUUCUCAUCUGGGAGCUUAUUGAGAACAAACUUCAAGUUCCAUCGGCCGACCGCUACAACAUUAAUGACAGGCUAAAGCCGAAGCCCGACGAUGGAAGCGGCAGCGAUCCCGAAGACCCGGAUGACGAAUUGUUUCCAGACCGCCCGAAGGUCCCCCUACCAUCUCCGCAAGGAAACCAAACCAUUCUCUCUGCAGAUCGUGGUGAAAUGGUGGAGCAACACGGGCUUCGUCUUCAUCAUGUAUCCGGUAAUUUCUGGAAUAUACAUGUCGUGGACUCCACCAACUCAACGGAAGCUUACUGGGCUGGCGAGUUUAAGAUUGGCGUCGAUGGGAAGCCCACUGCUCUCGAGGUUCGGUUCUCGCCUCCCGGGACAGAAGCCGACGAAGCACCAGUAAUUUACAGCAGCAUAGAGUAG